GUCAAGACCCCUCGAUAGAAGUUAACCUGCUUGGUCUACGUGUUGAGCCGUGAAAUUGUUGUUGAUUGUGCACCGUCACCAUGGUGGACCUCAGGUCUGGAACUAGUACCACCCCCUACAGCAAGGAGCAAGAGGAGAGAGUUGUCGCUAUCCUGCGAGAGAGGAAGGAGAGAAUGGAGAAGAGGGAACUGAUUAAGUAGGCCAAGAUGCCGGCCCUACUGGAGGAGCAAGAAGUGAAGACGAAGCUGGUGGAGGAGGAGUUGAAGAAAUGCACGAAGGAACAGGUGGAGAAGAUGGCGGCUAUACAAGCGGAGGUGGAGAAAGAAGAAGGAGAAGAAAAGCAGGUUGAGGAAGAAGUACCGUUGGAACGGAGAAGAGGUGGAACCGGUACGAGUAAGAAGGAGAAGAUUGAAAAGACAACACAAGAAUGGACCGCACAUUUGGAGCUGGGAGAAGAUAGGGAGACCGAGCUGGCCAUACCCCAAGCAGAAAGAGAAGCAGCAAGGAGAGAGUUAGAAGCAGAGAGGGACCCGGUGAGGAGAAAGGCGAAAGAGGAGGAACAGCAAAUGGCAUGGAAGUGGCGUUUGUCCCAAGAAAGAGUUGGGCGUUUGGAGGCGGCGGAGCAAGCAGAAAAGGACCUGAAAGCGGCGGAGACUAGGAUGGGGAAGAUCAAGGAAGAGAUUGAGAUAGCCACUAAACUCGAUACCUUGACCCAGAGUGUGGAAUCUUUACCAAUUGCACAUCGUGAGCAAAUGCAGUACAUCUGCAGCCUAGAUGUAAAGAUAGAUGUGAUACGUGUUGGGUUUAAAGAUAUUGCGCGUGAUAUGAUGAAGUACCAGGUGGACCAGGUCCACCUGGCGAUUAGUAAGACUAAGGAAUUCUGCAGGGCGCCAUUGAAGGCGCCAAGUUAGCGGCUCCUAAGGAAGAGGAGCCAGCCCCACCACG